ACUCAUCGAACUGAAAUACCUUUUGCACAAAACCACUAUCCGCCGGGCGCGCGUACUCACGUUCGCCCUCUAGAACGAUGGCUAGAUUUUGCCCCCUCUUAAUCAUCCUCACAAUUGUGUCUUUCGUGUCAAUACUCCUCCUCACUGAGAAGAGGGAGGAGGGCUCCAGGCUGCUAGAACGUGAAUUCUACGACUCCAUCAAGAUCUUCAACCGCAAACGCAAUGCACAUGCAUGCAUGAUGUCCAUCGUGUUCCUGGUCCUCUACCCUCUCGGCGCCAUAUCUCUCCAUCUGCCUCUCCCCCCUUUCCUCAAAAAGAUCCGAAUCGUCCCAUCAGUCCACGUUCCCAUCCAGAUUCUCGGCUUAUCGAUGAUGAUAGGCGCUAUGUGUCUGGGUAUCAACCUUGCCAGAGAACUGGACUUCCUCUCGGGGAGCGUCCCAGUCCCGGCACAUGUAGUUAUUGGCUUGCUGGCUACCAGCAUGAUCAUUCUUAUCCAACCCGCCAUGGGUGCUCUUCAGCAUUUGCACUUCCGAAAGACUGGUGGGAAGAGCAUAUAUGGUUACAUUCAUCGCUGGACUGGGCGAAUCGCUAUCAUACUUGGUAUGAUAAACCAGGGCCUUGGGUUUCAGCUUGUUGGCAUUGGAACAGUUGUGCACACUCAUUCUUUGGUUAGGAAUUUUGUGAUCCUGGGUAUUCUUGGGAGCAUAUGGUUUGCGCUGGUGAUUUGGGAUUGCCUGAGGGGGGUGGUCAGGAAGAAGCCGGCUGUUGUCGAGAAUGGAGAAGUGAAGCAGAAAGAUAACGGAACAGUCAGCUGAGUGAACUCACGAAUCAAAGGAUAGUUUGCUUGACGGGCCUAAGUAGAUAGGCUGUAAUAAUUCAUAAUAUAGGAAUUAAGAUCAGGAAGGAGAAUCUUUCUACUGUGGUAUUAGUAACUGCGCUGGCGAAUGAAACUGUGGAGUUGUUCCGAGGGCUUGUGCAAGCACUAGUGAGAAAAUAAAAGGUCAUAUGAGACUGCACGGGUAGUUUACUUCCUUGGUGG